AUGGCAAUAAAAUAAUUAGAAGCUUAACUUUUAGAAUUUAAAAGUAAGAUUUCUGUAUAUUAGUAAAAGAGAGGUAUAAGGUAGGGAUAGAGAAUAUCUUAGAAGAUCUUAAUUCUAUUUUAAUGCUAAUAGAUACAAAUAUCUUUCUAUCAAUCUUAUAAAACUAACUUUCACUUUCGUAGAAGAAAAAAACUGGAAUUAGAUCUAUGA